GACAGCCGGGGAGAAAAGAGACAGCCGGGGGAGCAAAGAGACAGCCGGGGGAGCAAAGAGACAGCCAGAGACAGCCGGGGGAGCAAAGAGACAUCCAGCGCUAGAGACAGACUGACACUCAGCCAGGACAUCAUAACCAACUGGAUGUAAUACCCAGAGAGACUGCCAGCACUGCAGGAGAGAAGAGACAGUCACUGAAUACCCAGUGAUCAGCCUGUGAGAGACAGCAUGUGAGGAACCUGCCAGGCAGAGACAGCUGGCCAGCCCCUUUGGUUCAUGUGCUCUGACAUUGAGGGAGUCCUUCCUCUGGCCCCACUCUGAUACCCGGUGAUGGUGUCAGCAGGAUGCCCUGGCUGCCACUGAAGAAGAUUCGCAGGCAGUUUAAGCUGCUGCUGGUGUUGGUCCUUCUUACGUCAGCCGUCUGGGUCACUUACCUGCACAUCAGCCUCGCAAGGCAGGGUAAAACGCUGCGUCUACCCUUUGGGUACUAUAGAGAUGGGGAGAAACUUGAGGGGACUGAUCCUGCCCGCAGACCUGGAGGGGGGCAUGCCUCUCCCCCGCACACGCAGGCAGGGGAUUCUAGUGAAGAGCUUCCAACGGUGGACGGCAUAAUUUGGAGAAAAGGUCACAAGUGGCCCUCCAGUAUGAAGCAGGACAACCUUACAGAUUCACCAUUGCCCUGGGAAGAAAAGUACAAGGGCAAAGUCAAUCUUCAUGUGUUUGAGGACUGGUGCGGAGGAUCUGUGAAACACCUGAAAACCAAUUUACACUUUCCGCUCUACCCUCAUAUUCGCACGACUGUUACCAAGCUGGCCGUUUCACCCAAGUGGAAAAAUUACGGGCUGAGGCUAUUUGGCUACAUCCACCCGUAUAAGGAUGGUGACUUUCAGUUUGCUGUGGCCUCAGAAGAUAAUUCUGAAUUUUGGUUAAGCACUGAGAAAAGUCCAUCUAGCGCCCAGCUUAUAGCAUAUGUGGGAAGGAUGGGAUCUGAGUGGACAGCUCCUGGGGAGUAUACGAAAUUCAGUUCACAGGUGUCUAAGCCUAUAAGAUUAAUGAGCUCCCGACGUUAUUACUUUGAACUACUUCACAAGCAAGACGAUCGAGGUUCUGACCAUGUGGAAGUUGCUUGGCGUUUAGCUCUCCCAGGCACGAAAUUUGAAAUUGUGGACUCUCCUUACCUGUCCUUAUACACAGACGAGACUCCACACAAGAUGAACGAUGUAUCCCACAUACCACAGACCCUCUCCAAACGUGGCAAUCACCCCUGGGGGAUGGAUAAAGAGGAGCCUCCAGAAGACGUACUGCGGCAGGACCCAAGGGACUAUUUUUUUAUGACUCCUAUGAUUGAAGAAUCCAAAGUGGAAAAUGUGCUUGUGCCUUGUGCGUAUAACCCCACAUACGUAGUGAAGGAUUUCCCCAUUGCACGAUACCAAGGACUGCAAUUUGUAUACCUUACCUUUGUGUAUCCCAAUGACUAUACCCGUCUCACUCAUAUGGAAACUGAAAACAAAUGUUUUUAUCGAGAGUCGCCGCUGUACCUUGAGAAGUUUGGAUUUUACAAGUACAUGAAAAUGGAUGAUGAGGAUUCUCCACAGAUGCCAUUCUUGUUUUUUAACCGCCCACAUUUCUUGGAUGAAGAUGAUGAAGAGGAGGCAUUGAUAACUGGGACUCAAACCAAGCAGAAGACUAGAGAAGAGGAAAUCAGAAACCAUAUGCCACCCAGUAGUCCGGGUCAGGAACAGACCUAUAGUCCACAUACUGAUUCCCUAGGACUAAAUAUAUCCAAUGGCAGCAUGGAUACAUCAGUGCAAAGUCGGACUCUUAUGUGGGCACCAAGGGAAAAUCUACCAUCUGCACAACGGGGUCAUAGGAGAAAUACCUUGCAUCUGGGAGAAACUGCAGGAAGGAGAGGGGAGCUAGAACCCACAGUUGGGAGGUCUGAGGUUAGAGCAAAUGGUGUAUUGGAUAUGGACCCUACAACAAAAAAGAUGUCUGAAAUUGGCGGUGUAAUGGUAAAAGGAAAGUCGGAAAUGAUGACGAGACGUGAGCACUCCGAUAACCGAAGCAGAACUAAAACUCUAGCUCAUAAAGGAGUGCAUGAAAGACCAGAUUUGGCGGAGAAACAAAGUAGGAUAGAGGUCCGGCCUAGUGAAGGAUAUCAUUCUGAGCUCCCCACCAGAGAAGAAGCUCCAAAAGAAAAGUUAAAUGGCAACACAGCAAAUCGGAAAGAGCCAGAUAAAGUUUAUGUUACACGUCUUCUUUCUGGAGUUCGAAAAUCCAGAAGAGUCUUCCCUGGUAUGCUCUUGCCUCAACCCAAACCCCGUAAAUCUUUCAGUCAACGUGACAAUGCUCGGUUUGCUGCACCUUCCAAGCCUCUUCGUGGAGGUAGAAUAUCCAAGGCUUGGAGCCCUCCUGAUACCUCUGAACUUUUCAAUUGGGAAGGCCAAACAGAGGGCCCUGAAAUUAUUCUUCCUACCUCAUCAAGUUCCCCUGGAGGGCCACAAACUCACGGCUUGUCUUCUGAAAACCCAGCAGAAGAACUGCAAGAUUAUAGCUAUGAAGAAGCGGAACCACGGCAGCGUUGGCCUGAAGAGGCCAUCGACUGGCAACGCACAUUUAGUGUUGGCACAGUGGACUUUGAGAUGCUAAGGUCAGACUGGAAUGACCUACGCUGCAAUGUGAGUGGUAACUUGCAGCUCUCAGAGGCAGAGACUGUGGAUGUGGUGGCACAGUAUAUGGAGAAGCUGAAUGAAAAGAAUGGAGGAAUAUACACUUUACUACGUAUAAUUAAUGUAGAGAAGCGCCGUGAUUCUGCCAGAGGAAACAGAUACCUUAUUGAGCUGGAGUUGGAAGAGCGAGGACAUCGGAAGGUGAGACUGGCCCAAUAUGUGUACCUACUGAUUCAUCGUGGGGCAGGUAGUGACAGUGAUGAAAGCCCACCAGCAGAAACCCCUGAAAUUACUCCCAGCCCACAACUUCCAAUCUACACUAAACCAAUCUUAUGCAGACCGGUGAGUCUGACCUGGAAUCCACGCGCCACGGUACACUUUGUUAUUCCUGUAAAGAACCAGGCUCGCUGGGUUCAGCAACUGAUCUCGGAUCUGGAAUUCCUGUACAUCAACACCAACGACGAGCAGUUUAAUCUCAUCAUUGUGGACUAUGAUAGUGAGGAUAUGGAAGUCGAGCAAGCUUUGCGGCGUGCCAAGAUACCAAGUUAUCAGUACCUAAAGAGAAGUGGGAAUUUUGAGCGAGCAGCCGGUUUGCAAGCGGGAGUGGAUACUAUAAAGGACAAUCAUAGCAUUGUGUUUCUGUGUGAUCUACACAUACACUUCCCUCUCUCGGUGUUGGACAGUGUGAGGAAGCAUUGUGUGGAAGGGCGGCUGGCUUUUGCUCCCAUUGUAAUGAGGUUAAGCUGUGGAAGCUCCCCGCUACAUCCCCGUGGAUACUGGGAGGUCAAUGGAUUUGGUCUUUUUGGGAUUUACAAGUCAGAUUUUGAUCGAAUCGGAGGCAUGAACACAGAGGAAUUCAAGGACCGCUGGGGAGGGGAGGAUUGGGAGCUGCUGGACAGGGUCCUGCAGAACGGACUAGAAGUGGAACGUCUACGUCUGAGAAACUUCUUCCAUUAUUAUCACUCCAAGAGGGGUAUGUGGAACACCAAGAACCAGGACAGCGCUGCCAAGGACUGAAUCUGGACUGAUGGAGUAUCUCUAAGACCAGUUCCGAAGUACACUUUUUGGAUCCUUUCCCUCAUUUUUGUUUGUUUGGAGAGGGCUGGCCGUUACGUUGAAUAACCCUGCUUCUGCCACAAAGAGGUGCAGACUAUGCCUCUGCCUAUUUUCACCUUUGCAGGUUAUACUGGCAGGGCACUGAGUAGGCUGAGAUUUUCUGCAGGAGACAACUGAUAUCUGGUGUUCUAGGUCUUCAAGUUGCGAGAAGUGGAAAGGCUGAGACAUUCUCUUGUCAAGGAACAUAAGUUAUUACAAAACUGUUUACAAUCUGGAAUUGUGAAGCUGCUGGGAGCAACCAUCCAUGAUUAGCAGAGUCUACACACUAUGCCUUAUAAGCACAAUACCUAAAUAUUAUCCAUAGAAAUGUAAUUGCACUAUUAGAUUGCAGCCAGAGUAUCACAAUCAGUCUACAAAAAGGAUGUUGGUUUCAAAACUCAUCUUGUGCGACAUACUUGAAGGAAGACAUAGGCUUUAGUAGACUUGAGACUUGUCCGUCUCUUGGAUGUCUGUAGAAGUUUAGAUUGUGGAUUAAUCGGUCUAAAGAUUGACACCGAGAACUUUCCUAUGGCUCUAAACUCCCUGAUGAUUUGACAUGUUUAUUAUAUUAAUAUUGACUUGUUAACAUGGGGUCUGACGCUCAUUUUAUGACCCAUAGUACGCCUGGCUAGACGUUAGACAGCCUAUAUUUUGGUGGGUUUCAAAUCAGGCAGUUUGGUUCUUCUGGAAUAUGUCCUACCUUACAGGUAAAAUGGGAACAUUUAGAGGGAAAAUCAUAUGUAACCCCCCCAAAAAAUGUCCCAAAAGUAUUGACUGUAAAUGUUUCCAGAAGAAUGGAAUCCCCCCCCCCCCCCCCCCCUAUAUAUUUUAUUUAUUUUAUUUUUAACCUCUUUUAGGAAGUCUAUGCGCAUUCUGCAACACCUAUAGUGACCACAGGGUGUCGCUGAAUCCUACCUUUUAGACAUGUACUUUGCAGGCUCUAUAGAUAACACUGAGUGUCAGGGUAAGUAUAAAAUGCAAAGUGCAGCGUAGACAUUGGAUGUGUUAAGACGUGAGCGAAGUUUAAAACAAAACAAACUCCGAAAUAGUUGCACUAGGUGCAGCUAACGGUUGGUCUAACCACCAGACUGGGGAAAUACCACAGGAAAAUUAGCAGAGAAGAGGAGAUUUAUAAUGUUUCAUAUGUUUGAUUUUCAAAAGACAAGCACUUUUAUAGGUUGUUUUUUUUAUGUUCGCUCAGCCACGUAGUGGUGGUUUUUCAUUUAACAAUAGAGUAAGGAAUGUAGAAGCCAUUGGCAUAUUCAUGGAUUAUUCACCUAAUUAUGAAUUUGAAAUUCACUUUGAAUACAUUUCCAAAUUCCAGACAUAACACAUGCUUUAGUGACUAUCCCAGGCACUAUUCUACAGUAAUGUUGUAGUAAGAAAUUCCGACAUGUUGGUCUUUAUUCCAUAAAUUGGAAGUUGGGAUCACAUGUCAGAAUAACGUAACGAGCUGGAAAAUAUAGCUGCACUGAGAUUUUAUUCCUAUUAAUGUUUGCCAUUCCCUUGUCAACUCUCUGCAAUUCCAAAUUUAGUAAAAAGACCCUAAAUACAUGAAAAGACAUUUUAAGAGGGU